AUGUCACAUAAUUCACCUGUAAUAAAAGCCAAGAGGAAGGCGAUCAGUUUAGAUACUAAAAUUAAAAUUUUAGAUCAACUUACAACAGGACAAGGAGCAACGGCUGUAGGAAAGCAUUUUGGUAUUCAUGAAGCUACCAUAAGAACGAUCAAGAAAAAUGAAACUGCGAUUAGAAAAUCGGUAUGUUCUGGAACGAAAAUAAGUGCUAAAUCAUCGUCAUACAUAAGAGAUGUUGUCAAAGAGAAGAUGGAAAAAGCUUUGGUAAUGUGGAUUGAAGAUAAAUCACAAAAAAGAAUACCAGUAGAUGGAAUUGCUAUCAAGCAAACUGCAUUAAGAAUUUAUAAACGUAUUAAAGAAGUUGAGCCAGGCACUUCAUCUCAGUCAAAACAACCCGAAUUUUCUGCAAGUACAGGUUGGAUGACAGGUUUUCUUAAACGACAUGCUCUCCAUAAUGUAAAAAUUAAGGGAGAAACUGCGUCUGCAGAUGAAUUGGCUGCCAAAAAAUUUCCUGAAAAACUUAGAAAAAUUAUUGAAGAUGGAGGAUACACCCCAGAUCAAGUUUGGAAUGUAGAUGAAAGUGGCCUCUUUUGGAAAAAAAUGCCGAGCAGAACUUAUGUUGCAAAAUCGCAGAAAACUGCCGGUGGUUUAAAAGUAGCAAAGGACCGUGUAACAUUGUUGUUUUGUUCCAAUGCUUCAGGAGAACGUAUGUUAAAACCACUGCUAGUAAAUCGUGCUUUAAGACCACGCUCGAUGAAAAGUGUAGAUUUCAAUAAACUGCCAAUUCACUGGACAGCAAACAAAAAGGCAUGGAUGACCAGUGCAAUCUUUACAGAAUGGUUCCAGAAAUACUUCAUUUCAGAAGUUAGACGCUACAUGAAUGCAAAAUGUCUAGAAUUUAAAGUUCUUUUAAUUCUAGACAAUGCACCUUGCCAUCCGCUCUUGGAGCACCCAAAUGUGCAAUUUUGCUAUCUUCCGCCUAACACUACAUCCUUAAUACAACCGCUAGACCAAGGGAUCAUUGCUACUUUUAAAAAGUACUACAUAAAACGUUCAUUCCAAUACGUGGUAGACAAACUAGACCAUAAUGAGGAUUUAACAGUCAUUGAUAUGUGGAAAAAAUUUUCUAUUAUGGACUGCAUUAAUCAAGUUGGGUUAGCGUUAGCUGACUUAAAGCCAUUAACCUUGAACUCAUGUUGGAAAAAUAUUUGGCCAGAAUGUGUCAAAAGCAAAGAUCCUGAUCCUGUCAUCCAUAAUAACGCUGUUUUUACUGACAUCACAACGCUGGCACAUACAAUUGGUGGAGAUGGAUUCGAUGAUGUAUCAUUUGCCGAUAUAGAGGAAUUAUUAGCUGAUAAAAGCUUGAGCGAAAAUGAAAUUAUAGACCUCACCCUUGAGACUCAUCAAGACAGAGAACAUAGCGAUAAUGACGAAGAAGAUCCUCCCAUUUUAAAUGCAACUCUAAUUAAAGCAGGUCUUGAUCUUGCCAGAAAAUUAGGUAAUCAUUUUCAACAACAUGAUCCUGAUGAGGAACGAGCUGCAAAAUUUCAACGUGAACUGAAAUCAUUAAUGGCAUCUUACAGGGAACUUUAUAAAGGAGCCUAG